AUGUCCUAUCACUGCAAGGAAUGCAGCGACCCUCUGGUCCUCGAGUUGGGACCAGACAGCGACGGAGAGGAAGAGGCAACGACUGUUCCGGAUGAUCUCGAACUCCGCUGCGGCUGUCAUUUUCACUGGCAAUGUCUUAUGGAUAAAUCGUCCGAAGUGGCCAUAUCACUCAAGUGCCCCUCAUGCCAGACGCACCUUGCCACCAACGAGGCUGGUCCUUCGGCAACGAACCAGAUCGUGCUUGCGUCCUCGGGUUCCGUCAUUCUGGCCCGCUAUGUCAAUGAGGGUGGCAUCGAGGACAACCUCGACAUUCUCCCCACGGUGACGGAGGAAGCCUAUCUCGUAGCGCACCCCGAGGCAAGGCCCGCACGUGCUUAUCACGUUAUGUGCUCCGAGGGCGACGCGACUGGCAUUGUUGAGCUGCUCCACGAUGCCAGCGCGGAGCUCGGUGGCGACACGGUUCAACUGGGUCACCUGAUCCGCUACCGUGAUCCCCUUAACAACAACAAGAGUGGUCUGCACUUGGCCGUGGAGAAAGGUCGAGAAGAGGUCUUGUGGCUUCUUCUCUGGCUCGCCUCGUCACUGCCAACAGAGAGCUUCCCGGAAUCUGCACAAACCGUUGCCAAGGCAGCACACAUCGGCCGCCUUGACACUUCUGGUGACGAUAUCAGGUCUUUGCAGAGCGAUGGAGGAAAGUCAGCAUAUGAUAUCGCGCAGAGAAUGCCUGAUCAAUGGGGUGUCAUUAACGAUUUGGGUGUCUUGCGCCCAUGA